UAUACCAGUUAAAUGAGAGGUACAGUUAGAGAAUCUCUGGGCAUAGACGUUUCUGAGCCAGAAUGGAAUUUGGAUGCCUCAUCCACGGGGCUGGUCCCCGUCUCGGGAUACCAGGCUGGACAGGAUUGAAACCAAGCCCUUUAAAAAGCCUUUUCUUUCUACGUGUUGCUGAAGCUUCGAAGUUCCUGGAAGGCAGAGGGCAGGGAUACGUCAAACUUGAAAACAGCUAUCUGAAAGUGGGGGCCCCUCCCUGCUCAUGUGAGCUGGAAAGGCAGCAGAGAAUGACACAUGGGCUGUUUCCUUUUCCAGUUGUAAAGGGGUCAGGAACUCAGCAAGGAGUGUCUGAACAAGUGCUGCGUUCUCCUGGGUCCUUGGUCUCUCUUCCCUGCCUCUCCAGCCGUCUCUCUUCCCUGCCUCUCCAGCCUGCGAUUCUGAACAGAGGAGAAAAGCUGUCAAGGCAAAGAAAACAUUUCUGAAGGCGUACAUUAUGAGUUCCCUAAACUCUGUAGUAACUCCAUCACCUGGAGAUAUCGAGGGUUCGUCAGCGACCACAGAUGUGGCAGUCAUUGGAGGUGUCACUGCAGCAGUGGCUAUCGUCCUCAUUUGCCUGCUGAUCGUGAUGCUUCGAUACUUGUGCAGGCACAAAGGCACCUACCGCACGAAUGAAGCGAAGGGAACCGAAUUUGCCGAAAGCGCAGACGCCGCGCUAAAAAAUGACCCGGCUCUCCAAGAAGCUGUGGAUGAGAGCAAAAAGGAAUAUUUCAUCUGAGCAUAAAGGCAAUCCAUACCGAGACGGCCUUAGCGCUCCUUUUCCCCAAGGGACUCCAUCGGAAAUAUUACAUCAAUGAAAACACUGAGAUAUGGAUAUUGCAAGGAGAGAGGCAGGAGUCCUCAAUGAAAUGCUGCCUCUUCUCACCUCCCCACCACCACCAUGAAGAACUGAAUGUCCACAGAGUUGGCUGUUGAUUUGAUUAACAACGCAGCUGGUCACAGUCAAAUUCAAUAUCAGAUGAAAAUCUCAGUCUGAACGUGAUACCGGUGCUGGAUAAUGAUAUCAAAUGUCAAACCCCGACAUUUGGUCAAAAUAGCAGAUGCCUCCGGAAAACAUCCUGGUCGAGUUAACGAUGCAGCAUACUGCGUUAUUCAGCAGAACCGCUUGAAAAGGCAUUUUCAGUAGCAAUAGCACAAGUGUUACAGCAGAUACCGGCUGAGGUUAAUGGAAGAAAAACUGGUCUGUUGGCUAGAAUUCUCUCCCCCUUAAAUGUGCACUUUUCCUCUUCAGCCCUCUUCCAUGCCCUCCCCUCCUUUGUUUUUAAGUUAACAUCAUCACACACACACACACACACACACCCCUAUAGGAAAAGUAUGGAACGCUUAAGAGUGAAGGAUUUUUUAUUUUCAUCUAGGUCUGCAUGGCAACUAGAGGAUUGUUGGAAUUUACAAUGUAUAGUAGGUAAUGACCACUGGAAUUAAGAAAAUGAUCCCAAAUUGCUAUUAGACUCCUUUCUUGCAUACAUAAGUAGGUCAAUAUUUAUUGGCUAGUGCAAGCCUUCUGAAACAAAUGCUCUCUACUAGAUUUGGGAUGAGAACUCUGGCCCGGGUGUUUGUGUGUUUAUUUUACAUUGGAGAAUUCUUUUUAAAAACCUCCUGACAUUUGUGGGAAUUGAACCUGAGUGCCAAGAUAAAUAACAGUUAGAAAAUGUAACCAUAAUGCUACCCUGGAGCAGUUUGUCCAUUUGAAUCCCAUUCUGCUGUAUUGAUUGUCUCUCUAUUUAUGCUCCUCCCAGCUUUUAACUAUAUCUUGGUUUCCAUGGAGCUGAAGAUAUAAAAAUGCCAUUGAGUAUCAGCUCUUAAAAAACAAACAAACAAACAAACUGGAUAUGAGUAAAAUCCUGUCCAUAACCUAAACAUUCAUUCUGAUGAGUUUCUUCCCACCAGCCUGCUCUGUUUCACAGAAGCCAACAGGUAGUCAUGAAAAUAGGACUGUCUUUUCCACCUGUUUGUCACCAGCUGCGUUUAUGCCUUUAACUAUAUUAAAAAAAAGUGGGAGGAAUAAUUAGUAAUAAAAGUGCCUUCUAUCAAUUAUGAUCAAAACUUUUCUAUGUUUCCGUAGUUAAAACAUUUAUAGAGACAGCUACAAUUGUACUUUUACAACUCUAUGGCUUCAUCUUCUCCAAAGAUCUCCAUUUGAUGAUCCUGGAUGCCGGAUUAGCUUCUAGAGCCUAACUUAAUUCAUCAAUAUUAGUCAUAUCACCCCUAGAGGAAGGCCAGAUCUCUGCAAGAAAACACAGGAGGAAUCAAGCAGAUUUGGUGAAGGAAGGAGGCAGUUUUGACUCUAAUUCCCUCCUCAAGGUCGCACAGUACCUACAGGGGAAGGACUCUGCAGUGUUCUCCCAAAGAUUGAAUCUUGGCUUAUGCUGAAUCUUUGCUUUAUGCUUUCAACCAAAGAAAAUCCAAACCCUGCCAACAUAGUAAAAGCUUGGGACCAAAUUUUACACACCAGGGCACAGCUGCAUUGUAUUCACCAGCCCACAUGAUAGUCAACUCCAGUAGUCUGGCACUAACACAAUUCAAAUGUUAUGGUGUCAUGUAUUCAGGAUUUUUUUUUAAAUUCAUGUUACCAUUUUAACCCUUCCAGUGCCACUUUUGAAAGAGGAAUAAACCUGUGUGAUUAUUUUGGAUGGGGGAAACUGAUUCCCCUUACCAGUGGGAGAAUGCUUCCGAACCUGGUUCCCCAGGAAAGGAGCUGGGGAAAGCAGGAGGAAAAGGAUGUACUCUUUGUGAAGGUGCAGAAUUCAGAUCUCUACUAUGAAGAUAAAUUCCUCAUUGAUCUAAAAAAUGCAUAAGCUUUAGCCCUGAAAAGGCCAGAACCUAAUGAAUGGGAGGGUGAAUGGAAUAACUUGAAAUGUAUCUGAUGUUAUACAUAAGACCAUUAAACAUCUCCCCCC